UUUUUUUAAUUAUUAUUAUUAAUAUUUCCAUUAAUAUUAUUUUUCCCAUCUGGCUUUUCCCGCGGGGGGCUUGCGGUGUUUUGUGGAAGCCAGCGGACUGCCAGGAGCUGGGAUUAUUUGCACAACAUCUGUAUAUUGAGUUCUCGAGCCUGUUUCAUUUUCGGUUUUCAAGUGCAGAGGGGUUGUUGGGUUUGGUGUUUUCCUCACCUUCACAUCACGGUUUUUCGUGGGGGUUCUUUUUCCCCUCCGCUGUCAGCACCACAUCGCCCUCCUCCCAUCCCAUCAUGGCCCGGAUGAACCGCCCCGCACCGGUGGAGGUCUGCUACAAAAACAUGAGGUUCCUCAUCACUCACAACCCCACCAAUGCCACGCUCAACACCUUCUUGGAGGAUCUGAAGAAGUAUGGUGCCACCACAGUUGUGCGAGUGUGUGAAGUGACCUAUGACAAGACCCCUCUGGAGAAAGAUGGCAUCACUGUCAUGGAUUGGCCAUUCGAUGAUGGAGCGCCUCCUCCUAGCAAGAUAGUGGAAGAUUGGCUCAACUUGUUGAAGACAAAGUUCUGCGAAGACCCCGGCUGCUGCGUGGCUGUGCACUGCGUAGCUGGUCUGGGACGCGCUCCUGUCCUCGUUGCACUGGCCUUGAUCGAGAGCGGCAUGAAAUACGAAGAUGCCAUCCAGUUCAUCCGACAGAAGCGCAGAGGAGCCAUCAACAGCAAGCAGCUGACGUACUUGGAAAAAUACCGACCAAAGCAGAGACUCCGAUUUAAGGACCCUCAUAACCACAAGAACAAAUGCUGCAUCAUGUAACCUCAAUGACCUCUUGCCAAAAUCCAUGCACACAGACACCCGAGCACUCGCACACAUCCCACCCCCUCACCUCCUCACCCAGCCCCAUGCACCCCGCACACCACCCCACUGCCAGGGCUGGGGCGGAGGGACAUGGAGCACCACCAGCAUGUUCCAGCACCCACAGCAUGGUCAUCUUGCUGAACCCCAAACAAAGCUGCUCUAUCCAGCUACGGCCCCGAGAAGGGGAGGCAGCACUGCCCUUUGACUCUUGAUGUUAGUAGGCAAUGAGCUCACGUGAUGGUUCUUCAUUGCCUUCCUCCUCCUCCCUUUCCUCUCCUGCUGCACUGAGAAGGAUGGGAACAGGGUGCUUGGCUUGGGGUGGUGCAGGUGGGGCUGUGCCAGCUGAGAAGGGAUGAGGAGCAGGAGGCCAGAGCACUUCCAGAAAAACCCACCUCUUCCCUCUAAAUAAGGGCUGCAGCAGUGGGGACAGAGGUGAGGAUGGUACAAUGGCCUCUAGGAGAAAAUGGUGGUAGCAGGAAGGGCUCAUAGCUUGGUUCUGGCCUUGUGGUCACAUGAAGGGCUGAGCCCCCCACACCAUGCCCUUUCUCCUGGCUCCCCUGUCACCUCACCACCUCCCUGUUGCUGUGAUGCUGGCCAAGACACUGCAGAUGGGGUUCAUUUGGGGCUUGCUGCAGCAAAACCAGGGGUGCUGGGAAACUCGAGUACCUUGGUGGGGCUUUGAGACACCCAACUUUGCCAGGUAUGCAGGGUCAGCACUGGGGCCCCCAAAGUGUGGGAUGGUCUUAUUUAUAGCUUCCAAAUUCAAUGCAUAGGGUGCUGGGUUCUCUCCUGUUGUGUCCCCGACACUGAGAUGUGGCACAAACCCCAGUUCUAGCUGCAAGCCCUGGGGAUGCAUUGUGAAUCUCAGAGCAGGUCCAUGUCCUUCACCACUGCAUUUGCUGGUUGAGGGGCUGGGCUGCAGCAUUCCUGGGGGAUUUUGAGUGCUCCUGGCAAGAGCACAUCACCAAAUUUUGCACCGGCCUUCCCCACAUCUGUAACACAGAGCCUGGCCCCCCAAACCCCCCCAACCCGUGCCCUGGUGGGUUGGACUUAGAGCUGCCCCUGGGCCAAGACAUUGAACAUCUCUCAACUUUCUGCCUUUGAAUGCUUGCAGCAGCUGGAGCGGUGGGCACGUAGGGGGCAUGGGGGUGUUUCUUCUUUUGAUGAGGAUAAGAAGAAAUUUGCUAAUUAAAGGAAAAAAAAUGUAAAACAAUGUGUCUUCCGCACCUGCUCUGGCCUUUCUUUAUCCCAUCACUGCCCUGGGAGCCCACCCAGGGCACCCCAGCCUGAUCCCUGGCACCGGCUCGCAGCCCGCUGCCAUCCGCUGUUACCAAGGCAUGUAUGUGGCCAAAGAGAUGCUCCAGGUAUCCUUUUCGGCUCACUGCUGUUCACCUCCCUCAGCUGCAGAGGAUUGCUGUUGUUGGGGCAAGGAGGGCUAGUCAUCCAGCAUCUUGUGGCUUUAGGCUGCCCAGCUUGAGCCUUCACUGCCCUGUGUUGGGUAUCUUCAAAGGUUUGUGUGCCUUCUGAAACAUAGACUAUCCAGAGACAUUUGCUUCAAAGGGUUCAUCUCUUGGAUGAGGGGUAAGGAAUGCUGGCUAGGCACCUGCAAUAUCUGUUGAAGGGUAGGGGACAGCUUCAUGCCACCGCAUACAGGCAGAGGAGAAGUUUGAAGCUGUUUCCAGUGCCACUUCUCUCCUGAUGGGAGCCAGCCCUACUGCACAACAGGUAUGGCCAUCUCAUGGGACAGACUGUGGUGCCAAGUGACACGGGGACCCUCCACACAUGGCUCCAAAGUUGUCAGACCUCACACCUUGGGUCCAUCCAAUCCUCCAGGUUGUGGGACAGCUCUCAGCCCCUUGAGUUCCUCCUGCCCUAUUCCAGGCUGUUGAUUCCUACAGCUCAUGAGGAUGGCAGCAGUGGUUGAAGGAUCUCCAUUGGCUGAGAACAGUGAGAAACUGAGCUCCUAAAAAGGCCUGAUCCUAUAUUGCAGCAGUCCCACCGGGCAGGUCGACAUCCUGCUGCUAAAAGAAGUCCUGCUUUGUCCUCAGCAGCAGUAGGAGGUGGUUCAGCAUUGCAAGAGAGACAGCCCCAAUCCCUCCUAGACAAGAGAUCCCAUGUGCUCCCUGAUCACAACAGGCUGUGCCAUGUUUAGGAUAAAGCAGUGGGAACUGUUGCUUUGCAAGCUUUGGAAAUUUUCUGCCCUGGAAA